AGACGUUAGUAGAACUAAAAUUUCGUGUUUUUAAGUUAUAUAAAUGGAUCUGAUUUUUGUCUUAAAACAUGUUCAGAAACAUCAAAGCACAACCAGUUUCCACCUUUAUUGAAAUAUUCACUCAUAUACGCAUGUAAACAAGUUCUACGUGCCUAUGUGUGUAUGAUGUGGUCAAUCUACGUUCUCAGACUUCACGACUUAGCGUAAACAAAAUAUUCGCAAAGUUAUAGCGAAGCUUUGCAGUUGUCUAGUCGGUAAACCUACUACUUUUAACUGAAAAUUUUUAUAAAAAGGAAUACUAUUGAAAAUGGUUACAACAAGUGAAGCACCACCAUUGGCAACAUUUAAUGCCCUAAAUCCUAGUGCAGUCAUGAAUGAGAAGUUCGCAAGAAACUAUUUAACGCUAGAUAAUCCAGUGUUUUGCUGCUUUCUUUUCUGGGCCAGUGUGAUGGUGAUCAAAAUGCUGCUAAUGUCAUUGUUGACAGCACUGCAACGAUUCCGCAAUAAGGUAUUCCCAAAUCAAGAAGACUUGUUUUUCAAGGAUAUUGAAGUGCAAUAUAAUGAUCCACAUGUGGAGCGUGUGCGUCGCGCACACCGCAAUGACAUGGAGAAUAUUCUACCAUACUUCACGAUGGCUCUGCUGUAUAUUUGCACAAACCCGAAUCCAACAGUUGCCUGCAUACUCUUCCGUGUUGUGACCAUUGCGCGCAUAUUGCACACAUUAGUGUAUGCGUUCUAUCCAGUACCUCAACCAUCGCGCAUUAUUGCCUUUGGUGUAGCAUUUGCGAUCACAAUUUACAUGGCCUGUGCUGUGGCAUUGGAUAUGUUGGCAUAUAUCUAAUAAAUUAUGUAUUUUCUUUUAUUUUUUGGUUGAAUUUUUUUUUACAAAUAAAAAUUCAUUUUGCCUUUUA